CAAGCCCAAUAAAGGCAUGGCUAAAUCCUCACUUUCUCGAGAGCUUUCAAGUGUUUCCCAUCUACAUCUACACUGAGAUGACGAUGUCGAAGUGGUGGCGCACGGCGGUGGUUGGACUGAGGAAAACGGCGGAGACGUCAAGGUCGUACCAUACAAUCCAAGCCAUUCCUAGGGAGAUUUCCGGUAAUAGAAUCUCCGUCAAAGAUAGAGCUCAAGGUCGAAUACCGGCCGUCGUGUUCGCACAACCUAACCCUAGUACUGACGGCGGAGGCAGUAGUCCGGUGAGGUCCGUUGCUAGAAAGCACCUAUUAACCACCGAGAGAAAGCAGAUUCAGUCCAUUCUUAAGUCUAUUGACCUUCCUUACUUCUGCUCCACCACUUUCCCCUUGCAGAUCAGAGCCGGGUCGGGCUCUUCUACGCUACUUGAAUCCGGAAAUGUUCUCCCAAUCAAGGUGCAUAUGGACACAGAGACAGGAAAGCUUUUGAAUUUGGUAUUUGUUUGGGCGGACGAAGGAACAGAGCUGAAGGUCGAUGUUCCCAUUGUCUUUAAAGGCGAAGAUUCUUGCCCUGGUCUCAAGAAAGGUGGUCUUUUGAACAAACUAAGAACUAGUUUGAAGUACAAAUGCCCAUCGGAACACAUUCCCCAGAAGAUUGAAGUCGAUAUCAGCAAUCUGGACAUCGGUGAUCGGGUAUUCAUGCGCGACGUUAAAGUCCAUUCGUCUUUGGAGCUUCUAAGCAAAGACGAAACCAGACCCAUUUGCAAGAUCGUUGCCUCUAAGCAAGAUAACCCGAAUCAAACUGCGUGAUCCCUGAGAUUUCAAAUGUCAGCGUUGUCCCGGGUUUUGAAAAGGUUAUUGCUUGUGAUUUGGUCGUGUGUCGUGAGAGAUUUUGUGCAAUAAAUUUCGUUAUCAGGUCUUAUAAGUAAUUUUCUAGCGAUCGAUAGAUAUCUUGUAGGAAUGGGUUUUUUUUUUGUUUUUUGUAUCGAUGGUGUUUUUAUCGAACCUUUUUUGGAUUACAUUAUAAAGGGGCGUCUGGUUAGACCUCGAACAGAUUUUUCAA